GAAGGGAAGAGCUCAGUGACAGUUUUGGAAGCCCCCUUCUACAGGAGGGGAUUGGGAAGUCACCCGGCCCGCUCAUCGAGUCGAACAAAACAAUGGAGGACCAGUUAAUACAACGGAAUAAAUAGAUCGUUAUAUUAGAUGGUGGGAGAGAUAUUUGAUCCAUUGGAAGGUCGGACUCCAUGGAUCUUGACUUAUUAGUCACCAGAUUGACAAAGUUUUGUUUGUUAACGGUAGCUUGAUAGCAAGCUAACUGUAUUAGCAAGCUAGCCGAGCCGAAGCAAUCAAGCCGUGGAAAGGAAGGAAAGGGAAAUAAGGACUGCGCACUCUACCACCAAAAAGCAGAUCCCUACCAGGGAAGUUUACAAAAAAUUGGUGGGGUGCACGAACGUUAUCAAAAACUUAAUUUGACUUCAUAAAUCUGUCAGAUGAACUAUGUAACGGAAGGAAAGUCACUUGCAUUGAAGUAAACUUACUAACUUUUUAGCUAGCCAGCUGUCUGCGGUUACCUAACUUUAGCCUGCUAGCGAUAGGUUAGUCUACUUGAUUGUUGGCUGGCUAGCGAAGGAAAGGAAACACAGAUUAGGGGAGUUUGUGGUGAUUGACUUACGCUUGAGCCACAUAGCUUAGUUGGAAGUAAAAGAGGCCGUGACUGAUAUAAGCUCUCAUGGCCUCAGAUGUGAUAGAAAGUGAAGUGGACUUGAGGCGAAACACAGCUGGAGAAGAUAUGGGUCUGAACAAAAGCAGCCCAGACCCAGACACACCCAGCACUCUUGAGAUUCUAGAAAACAGUGCGACGACGAGUCCAUCAUAUUCAUCAGAAUGUGGAGAGGAGGAGGAGGAGGAAGAAGAAGAAGAAAAGUCCGAAAACUCUCCCUCAAAAGACGCUGUUUUGUUGGAGAACGGGAAGUGUGCUGCGCCACACAGCCCGACCCCACCAGGAGCUCCGCCACAGGAAACGGCAACUCUAGACAAUGGACAAAAACAGGAGGAAUCGGCUGGGGUGCGAACUUCGUCUCCAGUUAAUUUGCCACAAACGUACUCCUCGUCUGAUUUAAAUGGAAGUCUGGAACGCCAGGAAUCUGUUGCCACCACGGAGGCCCGGCUGAGGAUGGAGGGGGUGGAGCUGAAGGAAGAGUGGCAGGACGAGGACUUUCCCAGACCUCUACCUGAGGAAGAGGAGGAAGAGGACAUUGAGCUCAGUGACGAGCUAUUCACUGGCGCAUCAGGAGAUGGAGAACCUGCGGCACAACCCUACUGCACCAAGAAGGCCAAGAAGAAGCUGCCGGCCCCUGACAUCAGCCUGAAUCUGGACCGAAGCGACAGCUCGGUCCUCUCCGACGAGCUGGACAACAGCACUGAACUGGACCUGGACGACUUGGACACGCCCUCAGACAACAGCAACGAGUUCGAGUGGGAAGACGACCUUCCGAAGCCGAAGAGCACGGACCUCCUGCGGAAGGGCGUGGAGUCAGUGGAGGAGUACUCCGUGUUUGAGGAGCGGGAGGAGGGCCGACGCUGGAGGGUCUUCCGCAUCGGGGACCAGGAGCACCGCGUCGACAUGAAGGCCAUCGAGCCCUACAAGAGAGUCAUCAGCCACGGGGGUUACUAUGGUGACGGGUUGAACGCCAUCAUUGUUUUUGCGGUUUGCUACAUGCCUGAGAGCAAUCAGCCAAAUUACCGAUACAUCAUGGACAAUCUCUUCAAGUAUGUGAUCGGCACUCUGGAGCUCCUGGUGGCUGAGAACUACAUGAUCGUUUACUUGAACGGAGCCACGUCUCGACGCAAGAUGCCCAGCGUGGGCUGGCUCAGGAAGUGUUACCAGCAGAUCGACCGGAGGUUACGGAAGAACUUGAAAUCUUUGAUAAUCGUCCAUCCUUCCUGGUUUAUCCGCACACUUCUUGCUCUCACCAAACCGUUCAUAAGCACAAAGUUUAGCCAAAAAAUCAAGUAUGUGUUCAGCCUUACGGAUCUGGGAGAGCUUCUUCCCAUGGAAUAUGUGUCAAUACCUGAGUGCAUUAAACAGUUUGAUGAAGAAAAAAAUAGGAAAAGACAUAAAAGGAUUGACCAGGAUAUGCACGGCAAGGUGGAGAUGGCAGCCGCUGCGGUGCCUGAGUGAGACAGGGUGUGUGCAGGGCUCCUCACGUAGAACAACUAAAAAGAAAAGAAAAGAAAAAAAAAGACAGAAGAAUGUGCAACGCUACAGCCAGUGGCAUUCAGGCUUGUUCUCAUCUUGUUUCUGUGUUUUUGUUUAGUUUUUUUUUUUUUUUUUUUUUUUUGAAGACUCUUGAAGAUCGAAUAGAGAUUUUGUCGACUUGUUGACUCCGGAGAUGUGCCUUCUGAGACAUCGCUGCCUGUUACGUUUGUGGACGUUUCCUGUACUGUGCGUAGUAAUGCCAAACAUCCAAUCAAUAUUUUGAAAUCUCAAUUCUGUUGCAAGCAAGCAAUUUUUAUAACCUUUUUACAUAUGUAGUCGAACGUAGAUAUUUCUGUUGCCGUUGUCAUAGUUACUGAUGUAUAUUUAAGGCACUCCAUUUCCAAAUAGAUGAUGCAUGUUCCUCAUUACAGUUAAAAUAUAUAUUUAUAUUUCAAAAAAGUGAUGAAAAAGGAGAGAGAUUUAAUAUAUUUUUACGGCUAUUGAUUUUAACAAUAUGUUUAGUUUGCUCACCAUUGAGCUGAAAACAAACCUGUUGCUAUUUUACUGCUGAAUGGAGCUGGGAGGUGCAUGAAACAAAACAACACAGGAGGUCUGUGGUGUGUCCUUUCGCCACCACAUGCCCAUGAUACAGUUAAAAGGAAGAUAAUACAGGAACAAAUGUGAUUAACCAGAAUAUGGAGCCUGUGGUGGGAGUAGAGCACCGCUCGAUUGCUCUGAUAUGUGUUUCUAAAUUGGUUGCCAAAUGUAAAAUGCCAAAUGUAUGUGUUGUGUAAAUGUGUUUUACUGUAAUUUGACAGAGGAGUAAGAGCAAGUAAUUGUAACUACAUAAGGAACGGAAUCUGUCAAGUAAAAUAUGGCCUUAAAAAAAAAAAAAA